AUGUAGCCCACCUAUCAUCAGAUGCUAGUGCUAAACCUGAGCUGAUAGUAAAAGACAGCAGUGGUGGUGGUCUUGCAGGUAGACAAACUUCUGAAAGCCGAGCAACAACAGCUUUUGAUCCACCGCUAACUUCAUCAACUGAUAUCAAUCAGUCGUCGUUGGUGUUGUCAUCCACAAUGAAACAGACGCCCAUCAACUCAAGUAUCUUGUGCAAUGACUAUGAUAGUAUUGGUGCAUUUGAAAAGACGAAAGAUAUUGCUCAGUUUAGUGAGGAUAAGCCAAGUGUAAACGAGAGAGUAAUUGUUAAAUUGACUUGCACGAAUAAAGGCAUUUCUAGUUUCAAGUUACUAUUUGAAUGUUAUUAUCUUUGGUGUAAAUUACUCUGUUUCUACGCUUGGUUGACCAGAUACGUCGUGUGUUUGUUCGUCAUCUAUAUUCUACGAUACAAUGACAUGAGCGUGUUGCCGUUCAGAUUUGAGGAUAUAGCUGAUAGAAGGAAGUUAGCAAAUGAACUCUGCGACGAUUUUCCAACCUAGGGCGUCAACCUGAG